AUGGAAGAACAUGGCGAGCUUCCACCCGAGAUUAUUGAUGAUAUUCUUUUAAGGCUACCAGCCAAGUCCUUAUGCCGCUUCAAGUGUGUAUCAAAACCAUGGAAAGCCCUGAUAUCUGAUCAUGAUUUUGUUAUCAAGCACAUCAAUAGAGCCACUGAGAACAAAGAUGUAUUCCUCCAAAGAAGAAGAGUGAUAUUUACCGACUCCGCAGAUAAGGGUCUAUACACUAUGGACCUGGACGAGUUCCUCAAAAAUCAUAAUCAUGUCGGUGAUAUUGGUGACGAUUAUGAUGCAGAUGAACAAGUAGCUGCGACUGAGCUCGAUUAUAUUUACCGUGAGCAGCCAAGUGUUCGAGUUUCGUUCUUCCAUUCCUGUGAUGGUCUAAUUCUCCUCGAGUUAUCUAAUGCAGAGUUAUAUUUGGUUAACCCUGCAACAAGUGAAUCCAAGCAUCUACCAAAACCACGACAAGAUCGUGACUUGUCUGCCAAUUAUAAUUAUCACCUAUAUGGGUUUGGUUUUGAUUCCUCCACUUCUCAGUACCAGUUGGUUCGGGGAGACAUCUUUGUACCUGAUGAAAACCUUCAUCGGAUAGGAACUGUGAUAAGUGUCUUUAACUUCGAAGCUGAUUCCUGGCGACAUAUACCAGGAUUAUCGCAUGGUUACUUUCCUGCAAGUUCACAGUUGCAUCGAAACGAAAAUGGGGUCCUGUUGCAUGGUCGUUUCCAUUGGUUGAUGGCGCCCUUCGCCAGAGUCCAAGGAGAUGAAGAAUACGUGAUUUUAGUUUUCAAUCCAACGAUGAUUGAUGAGACUCGAGAAAUUCAACUACCGCUUGAAUUAUCCGGUGGCAGUCAAUUGGUAAAAGUAGGGGCCUUCAGAGAGUGGCUAUGCAUAACAUUUGCGACAGAAGAGCCCCAUGAUGUAGAAACAUAUACCGAGUUUUGGGUCAUGAAGGAAUAUGGAGUGAGGGAGUCGUGGACUAAAAUGAGGGUCUCCAUUCCUUAUACCGAGUUAUACCACUCUGGUUUCUGGACUGAAUCUCAUGAUUUGAUGUUUUCUGGAGAACGGUUACUUCUGUACAAUUUUGAUGAAGAAGAUCCUCAAAUCCGAAAGUUAUCAGUUCGUGAAACUGGCAGAGUUGGUAGAGUUGGCGUAUACAUUGAGAGCCUUGUCUCAGUUAGGGAUCUCAACAUCAUGAGAAUACAAACAUAG